AUGCCGUCGCUCGAGGAGAAAUACCCUGCCUAUGGUGGUCGGGGACCCGGCGACUUACACCUCGGCAUUACCCUCGCUAUCAUUGCCACCAUUUUCAUGAGUCUGCGUGUCUAUGUACGGCUUUUCAUCAAUAAAUUCGGAACCACGGCGUUGAUUUUGUCACUCAUUGCAUGGCUACUCACGGCCAUUACACAAACCUUUGGAGUCCUCGCGGUCCUCCAUGGCCUUGGGAAUCAUGUCACUAGCAUUGCCCAAGUCGGCGAGCUCGGCAACUUUCUGUUUUACACUUGGAUGACUGUGUUCUUCUUCAACUUGGCCAUUCCCACGGGAAAAGUGGCAGUUGCAGCGUUUCUCAUUGAGAUGAAUGGACAAGGCAACCCGAAAAUAAGGAAGAGCUUGAUUGCUGUCGCGGCUACCAACAUUGCCGUCAAUAUACCCCAAGCAUUGCUGGUUUGGGUGCAGUGUUCACCUACAAACGCCCUCUGGGAUCCUCUUCAACAAGACAAAUGUGACUAUCGAAAGAAUGUCUAUUACAACUAUUUUGUUGGAUCGGUUGCCGCGCUUUCGGAUCUCUAUCUGGCAGUUGUGCCCAUUCACAUGCUAUUGCCGGUCAAAAUUGACCGUAAGCUGAAAUGGGGAUUGAGCUUUCUCAUGGGCUGCGGUGUGUUUGCCGGCGUGGCUGCCAUUGUUCGCACCUGGGCAGCCAAGUUCAUUCUUAGCGAGGACUCUUCCUAUGGCGUUGGAAUUUUAUUCUGCUGGGGAGAAGUUGAAGAAUGGCUCGUCUUGAUCACUAUGUCAAUCCCACCAGUCUGGCCAGUCUUCAGACCAUUCACGACUCGCUUUGUCAAAUCCACGGCGACUGGAAGCCGUCGUCGGGGCUACACGUACAACCUCAAAACGCCAUAUAGCACGACAGCUGCGGGCGAUCAGUCUCCCGGACUCCCACCUCCGCUGGUCACGACGAGGAUAUCCAUCUCUUCGGUCAAGGAUCUAGAGUUGCACGAUACCGCGGUAGAACCGUCUGAGGCGAGCUCACAAAUAUCCGAUGAGCGGCUCCCACAUGAAUUGUCGCAUGGGACAAGAAUGUCCAGAAGUUGGGUGGAGCUGUCAAGAGUAAAGCGUUCAUCAUCGUAA